GUGUUUCGUGAGAGAAGAAUGGGGCAAAAGAAAGGACAAAUUUCUCUCCUUGUUUUUUUUUUUCAGAGUGGGUCCACAGGGCAGUCACGUGAGCAAAGUAGGGGACAGAAGUAGUGGACACAUGCGUAAGAGUUUGCUUUUAAUGGAUCUCCUGGUUCAGCACCAGUGAUUGCGAGAACAAGACUGAGAGAAAGAGGAGGGGAAAGAUAAGUGUCAAUCUGUUGAGACUUGUUUGGGAAUUUGAGGAAGGAGGGGAGGUUGGGAAAGUCAGAAGGAGGCAGCAAGAGGAAAAAGUAGGGAGGUUUUGUGCGUAAACAUGAGCUUUUUCACAACAGUUGAAGAACCGAAGGGAAAAAGGUAGUUAAAAUUUAUUUGGCCAAAAAUUUGGUGUGUCAUGCGGACAAUGUUCACACAAGGAAUGAAUUUCUCAGCAUUGUGCAAUCCCAUGUCUCUGAGCUGAACUGGAGCAGGGGGGGACGGACCAAAUCUCCCUGGGAUACAACUUCAGGUUCUUCAGAUAAUGGUACGAUGGGAACCAAAAGACCCAACUCUGCCCCCUUUGAUUCUACACCUAACCUAAGUCCAGCUGACUAUAAGCUUCAGUCAGGUGGAAAAAUCUCCCCAGAUCCCUAUCCCAGGACAAAAAUGACUGGCUCGACAGAGCGGGAAAGAGACACCAAACAAGAGGAAAACUGGAGGAGAGAGACCGAAAGUGAGAAAAUGAGAGACAAAGCAAGAUAUAGAGAAAUGGACACUGUGGGGGGUUACUGUGAAAAAGACAGAGCUCUUGCUCCUCAGUUCAGAGAGGGAGAAAGAGAAAGGAGGGAGAGACGAAGGAUGCAAGAAGAUGACAGAGGUAAAAAUGUGAGAAUGCUGUCCAACGUGGAGAGAGGGGCUGAGCGAGAAGUAAAGACAGGGAGGAUUAAAGGUGAAACAUUUCCGAGAAUGGGAAAAGACGGCACAAUGGCUAACAGGAGAACGAAGGAUGAAGAAAAGGGGGAAAAGAGGCAAAGAGAUCAGCCACAAAGAGAAGAGACUUAUCAGUGGGAAAGAGAAAGACAGCACAGGGAUAGACAAAGGGAUGAGACCCUUAUCAAGGGAGGAAGGAAGGAAGAGGAAAAAAACUUUGGAGGAAGAUAUGUAGAAGAUGGGCGAUCACGGCAAAGGGAAAGACAUAAUGCCCCUGGUUCUGAGUUUCAAGACAGGACAAGAGAAGCUGUUAAUUUGCGGGACACAAGAGAAAGAGAUGUAGCCAGAAAAAGAGAAAAGCCAAGACCUGACAUGGACGAAAGGGAAGCCAGAAUGUAUUCCCCGUACAGAAGAACAGAUGGAGAGAUCUACACUGAUAUGAAGGUAAGGGAAAAUAGACGAGAGAGGAGGGACGCCAGGAGUGAAGGAGACAUUGAUGAGAGAGAAGUGAUGAGAGAAAGAGAGAGGGAGGAGACGGUAUAUCAACACAGCAGAAGUGAGGGGGACAACUGGAGUGCAACAGACAGAGAGAAGAAUCGAGACAGGCUAUAUUACAGAGAGAGGGAAAGAGAAGUGGAUAGACCCCGGAGGCGGGAAGCAGAGAGAGAGAGAGAGAUGUAUAAAGUUGACAGGAGAACAGCAAGACAAGCGGAUAGACAGGGGGAAAGAUGGAGAGAAAGGGAUGAUAAGAGAGACGAUGAUAGAUACAGAGAGGAGAGAAGAAACAGGGAAAGAAAAGAGAGGCGGGAUGAUGCAGUAGACAGAAGCAGUAGAUCCCCAACUAAUUCCGUUCCUAGGAUCCCUGCACAAGUUCAAAGCAGCAAAGAGAGGAGCAGAGAUGUGAACAGUGAAACUAGAUAUAGAAGAGACGGGGACCGCUAUGAAGAGAGGGACACCAGGAGAGAGAGGGCUGGUGAAAAUGAAAGAGGAAAAGAAAGGUGGAGGGAUCCAGAGAGAACUGCUGAGAGAAGACAAAAGCAGCUAAUAAGAAGUGAGAGAGUAGAGAGCGAUAGAGCAGAAAUGACAAGCCAUAUGCCAGAGCAGAGAAGGAUGUGGUUAGAACCACAGAAGGGCAAGAAUAGUAAAGACGAAUUUGUACACAGAGAAAGACAUACAGGGAAGAAAGAAUGGAGGAGUGAAGAAGAGAGUAGCAUGGAAUCUCAGGGUGAAUGGGCGAGAGAGGUCCGGAGAGUAAAAGAUGAACCAGAUGAAAGGUACUUGAACCCUGGGAACUACAAAGACAGGUUUGAAGGAAGGGAUGAGCACAGGGAAGAUGCAGAGGGAGUAAGCGUAGAUGGAGAUGAGGAGAGUGACGUCUGGAGAGAGUCGGACAAGGAGGGUAAGGAACGUUGGCCUGAAAGGGAUGUUGCGGUAGAGGGAAGGCAGCACAGGGAUACGGAGGGAGAGAACGUGACAAAUAACACUGAAGAAACUGUCAGAGAGGAAGAGGGUGGGGGCCAUUACUGGGCAUGUUCUGACAGUGAAGGAGGAAGUGAAGCCGGGAAGCAAGACAGAGACAGAAUUUUUUCCGGAGAGGACGGUUUUGUGACGGUGUCCAGUGGAGAAGAUGACAGGGGUGAUGAAGAGGAAUUUAAGGACUGCAGGGAAACCUGGGAAGUUGGAGAUACAUCUGAGGACCCCGCACCUGUUGGGUUCAAGGGAUCUGUAGGAGAUGAGGAGGGGGAAAAAGAAAGGACAAUUGAGAAAGAGGAACAAUCUGAUGAAGAGGAAAAAGGAGGAGAAAAGAAGUCAAAGUACGUCUUCUGUGUGAUUGGGCAAACUCUUUCCCGAUCAAAAGGCAGUGACAUGUUACUGUCACAAGAUGAUCAGAAGGGAGGAGCAGAAACAAGUAACUCAAAUUUAGAAACUCACUACAACCAUAGUGAUGAUGACACGCACAGAUCUCAGGAAGACGUGCAUGUGACAUCGGACAAAAAUGAUCACCAGCCAGCUAUCGACAACAAGAACACCGAAAGUGAUGCACCACAAGAGGACCGGCUCACCUUAGGAGAAACUGAUGACGGGGAUUUCCGAUACGGAUCAUCUUCAGAGCUUCAACAUCCAGAACCUGCAGAGCGAAUUAGGACGAAAGUGGAGCCUUCGCACACAGAAAUGGGAGCAAUGAAAAGAGACUCGCAGACCGAGAGACUCCUCAAAGAAUGGAGAGAAACAAUUCAAGGAGUAGCUGGAUGCGAAAGGGGACCAAAUUGUCCUGUUCCAGUCAGUCCUUCUGAUGGUGUUUGUUCUCAGGACAAUUUAGAGCAAAUCGAAUCUUUACUGGAUCACAUAAAUACUACAGCAAUGAGUCCAGAGGAGGUGGAGGCCAUUAAGGUCAGAAUGAACGAGGCAUGGAGCACGUCUGAGGUGCCCAAGCGGCACUCCCAAGCCCCUCACCUUAAAUGGGCUAAAAGUGUGCUGCGUGAGAUCCUGGGACACUCGGACGAACAGACAGCAGAUGAACCAACUACAGAGGCGCACGAAGAUCAAGGGGUCAACAAGUCCGAGAGCCGCAAGCAACAAGAGGAGGCUGAUCACGAGACUGCAGAUUUGCCUGUGUUCACAUUCACAAAAUACAAGCAGCAUUCAGAGCCAGACAUGGAGGACGAAUGCCUGUUGGAGGAAUUUAGAGGUAUGAGGCAAAACCAAGCUGACAUGCAUACUGACCAGGUCACAACUAUGCAUGUUGUAACACCAACAUACACUCAUGCUGACACACUGAUAAACUCGGGAGAGAAGGGGGAUCACGUAGUGGAGCCAACGACUGAGCCUUCUGAUCAAGCUCAGCUAGAAAAGACAGAUAUGGUUAGUUUAACAGAAACACAAAGAGAAUUAAGCAGAGAGAAAGAAGUGGAAAUGUUUUCAAGUGUCACUAAGACACUUUACAAACCUAGAAGCUGCCCCAUUCUUAGCUAUGACCGCGAGUCUGACCUCAUUCCGUCUAGGGAGGUUAAGAGCCAGGAAGGGGACGACGAAAUGGGUCAAAGUGAAGAAGAGAUGCAGGGAGAGGAGCCUGAAGAGGGGGCCGUGGGGGAGGGGGCACUGGUAGAUGAAGUUGAGUUGGAUGCCAGAGAAGGAGAGCAGGGAACUGACAGGAAAACGGUGACUUUGAAGAGUUCCAUCAGUUUUCGAGAUUUGGGUCCUAAAGCUCGCUUACGAAGAAGGGGAAUCCGUAAAACAACUCAGAGAAGAAACGAAGAGCUUAUAGAGGUGGAAGAAGAAGAAGAAGAAGAAGAAGGUGUUGGAAGAGACCGCAGAGCCAGAGUAUUCUCUACAACAGACGAUGAGGAGGAUCGAAGUAGAAGCUGGUCACAUGCGGACCUAAGGAAUGUUAUGGACACAAUUAUGAGGCGGAAAAGGAAUUCAAAAAUUUUUAAUGCUGCACAGCUCUACCAGCAGUACAGUGAGGCGGCACAGAACUCUGAAAUCCUGCGUCAAUCUCGCUCCGAUGUACUCUCGGUCUGUGGUGAGAGCAUCCCAUCUCCCAUCCCCUCUCCCACUCCCUCGCCUCCUCCAGCCCGCAGACCUCUUCCUCCCUUGCCUCCGGUCCCGCACCCUCACUCCUUGUCAAAAUCAGACUCCAUUACUAGUGCCAAAAGCUUGUGUCUGCCAGAGCCCCCCCGGAAUGAAGGCAGACCCUCAUCACCACGUCUGUCCAUAUCACUCACAAAUUCAUCCACGCUGUGGCGAGACCUGCCUGGUGUCAGGAACAGCACGGAGCUGCAGGAGCUCACAGAGGACCAGAGGCGUCUACAGGAGGUGAGAUUUGAAGUCGUCACCUCAGAGGCCUCGUACUGCCGGAGUUUGGAUAUUGUUGUUGAAUACUUUGUCAAGUCCCAACAGCUGAAGCCACUGUUGACCUCUCAGGAUAGGAACUGGCUGUUCUCCCGCUUGGCUGACGUCCGUGCCAUCAGCCACAGUUUUUUAUCCAAGCUGGAGGAGCGUGUAGAGUCAGAUGUCAUGCAGUUUACGGUGUGUGACAUCAUCGCUCGACAAUGCCAGCGCUUCAAAAUGGUCUAUGUACCCUACCUCACCAAUCAGUCCUAUCAGGACGCCACCUACCAGAGACUCAUGAAUGUGAAUCCAAGGUUCAAGCAGAUUGUGGAGAAGUUAGAGAGAAGUCCUGUCUGUCAGAGACUUCCUCUCCGUUCUUUCCUCGUGCUUCCCUUCCAAAGGAUCACAAGGAUAAAGCUGCUGGUCCAAAAUAUUGUGAAGAAAACCACCCCUAGUACUGCGGAGGGAACACAGGCCGUCAAAGCUUUAAGACUUCUGGAGAAGCUGAUUCAAGAGAGCAAUGAGAGCAUAUCUCAGAUGCAAAGCAUAGAGUCCCUGGUCUCCCUCAGCGCCAAAGUGGACUAUGAUUGCAAGACACUUCCUCUGAUCAGUCAGUCUCGGAGGUUGGUGCGUGAAGGUCCCGUCACUGAACUCAUGGAUUUCUCACUAAAGGAAAACGAGAGAAAUGUUUAUUUGCAUCUCUUCAAUGACUACUUGCUACUGUCGCUACAAAAAGAAGGGGGGCGGUUUACGGUGAUCGACCACUGUCCUGUAUCAGAAAUGCGUGUCGAGAAUUGCCGUGUCAAACUCCACUCCCUACAAAAGAACCUGAUCCGGUUGCACAUGUCGAACAAAGCCCUGCUGCUGAGGACUGACACACAGAGUGAUAAGCUUCGUUGGAUAUCAGCCCUCUCCAGGCCCCAUCCUGAAAUCGAUUUUUCUGCUGCACAAGAUUUUGCACAGAUGCAGUGUAUCCGGGCCUAUGUUGCUCAGCAACCAGAUGAGCUGUCCUUGGAGAAAGCUGAUAUUAUUCUUGUGCACCAGGAAAGCAGCGACCUUUGGGUAGAGGGGACCAGACUGUCUGACCGACACUAUGGAUGGGUGCCCAAGUCCCAUUUAGAGACCAUAAACAGCUCCAGAGUCAGACAACGCAACCUGUCAGAUGCCCUCAAACUGACAACAGCCACAGCUACUGUUUGAGCAGGAAUGGAACAAAACAGAGGGAUGUUCUGAAUACAGCACAAAAAAGAUUAUCAGAUGCAUGCAUUUAAUUGCUGGAAACAAUGGAUUAUCAGUGACAUUUCUGUGAAAGAAAAAAACUGCAAGAAUGCAUCUCAGUGAGUCUUGUUAGUUUCACUCUGUGGAAUAAUAUGUUUUUGCAGACCAAUGCAUGGAUAGUUGAAACCAGCGAGAGCAAUAAAGAACAUUGUUAUGACUGUUAUUGAUUAAAAAGACUGUUGUACUAAAGUGCAUCAAUGGAAUGUUUAAGCAAAAGAAAAAAAAAAUACUUACAUGAACUUGUAUUUCCCAAAGAAAUGUUAUUUUUGGAAAAUGAUUUUUUGUUUAUAAUGACCUCUUAAAGGAUGUGUGUAUAAUGCAAGUGUUUCUUUCCACAUAUGGGUCUCUUUAUGCAUAAGAGUAGCCUUUAAGACAAUUAAAGGAUGUACAGAGCGUUCUUAAUACAAUAAAUACAUUUCAAUGAAA